AUGCUUUGGGAGAACUUUCAAACAACAUUCAAUUAUGUUGCUGACAUUCAUGCUCCACUUCAAAGCCGUAAAGUUAGAAACAGAAAGGCACCGUGGCUGACUGAUGCAAUUAAGAAAAGUAUGAAUCGCCGAGAUUAUCUCAAGAAGAAAGCUAUUAAGACAACCUCAACUGCAUGCCACAAUGCUUACAAAAGUCUUCGCAAUGAGAUUAACAAAAAAAUUAUGUAUGCAAAGCGAGAUUAUUACACAAACUGUGUUGACAGAAACAGAAAUAAUACAAAGCAAAUGUGGAAACAUAUUAAUCAGUUAGUUAAUAAAAAUUCUAGAUCAACAAAUAUAUCAGUACUACAAAUAGACGAACAGGUUAUUACUGAAAAUGAAACCAGUAUAGCUGAUUUGUUCAAUGAAUAUUUUACUGAUAUAGGACCAAAUCUGUCGAACCAGAUCACAGAAACUAACACUGAUUUUACACGUUAUAUGAAAUUUAAAACUCAACAUAAGUUCAGUUUCGAAAACAUUAAUAUCAAUGAAGUGUUAAAUGCACUGGAGAAAUUAAAGACGUCUAAGUCAACUGGACAUGAUAAUAUCCCAGCCAAACUUUUGAAAGAUGCGAGUGAUGCCGUGGCGCCUUUUUUAGUAUUUAUUUUUAAUACUUCACUCAAACAUGGAAUUUUCCCUGAUGAUCUUAAGACUGCAAGAGUUUCUCCAAUUCAUAAAUCUGGUGACAAAAAAAAUCGAGGCAAUUAUAGACCGAUUUCCAUUCUUUCGAUUAUUGCUAAAUUAUUUGAGAAACUUGUCUGUACACAGCUCAAUUCCUUUUUAACUGAAAAUAAUAUUCUGAGUUCGUGUCAGUCUGGUUUCCGUAAAAAUUAUUCCACCGCAUCAGCCAUUUUAGCAAAUACGGAUUCAUGGUUACUUAACAUGGAUGCUGCGAUGAUAAACGGAGUACUUUUUCUGGACUUAUGUAAAGCAUUUGAUACGGUUGAUCACGGAAUUCUCGUAAGUAAAUUAUCUAUCUAUGGAAUCCAAAAUAAGGCCUUAGAUUGGUUUAAAUCUUAUUUGCAUAACAGAACGCAAUACUGCAGGGUGAACAGUGCAACAUCGUCCACCAGGAAAAUACGUUGUGGGGUUCCCCAGGGGUUGAACCUUGGUCCCCUUUUGUUUUUAUUAUACGUCAAUGACCUGCCAAAUUGCUUGGAUAAAUCCUGUCCGGCAAUGUAUGAAGAUGAUACAAAUCUUACAGUAUGUUCAGAUAGCAUUAAUAAUUUGGAGGAAGCACUAAAUUCUGAAAUGAAAAGUAUUCACCAGUGGCUUCUUUCAAACAAACUAACUUUAAACAUUGAAAAAACAGAAUACAUGAUCAUUGGAACUCGUCAAAGACUAGCUAAAAUUCAAAAAAAUACCAGCGUAUCAUGCGGGGGGAAACUAUUGAAACAGGUUUAUUCCAAAAAGACUUUAGGUGUACUGGUUGAUGACAAUCUAUGUUGGAAUGAGCAAAUCGACAACAUCAGUAAAAAGGUAUCGAAGGGCAUUG